GUUACUCCCUUGAAUCUGUAACUCGUCACUUAACUCGAGGCAUCUUCUUUCAACCCUCGAUCUAAUUGAAUUUGACUUAUCAAUUACCGUAUCGUCCAACAACUCUACAAAAUAUCGAUCAUCCUUGAGUCGAUAAGGACGACGCUAGAAAGGACCCUCGACAGGCUCGACAUGCUCCAUAAAUUGAGAAGCUCCCGCGCCACCACUUAAACGUUGCUCAAGCUCCCUUUGGUCUCGCACGUCUCGUCUUCGAAUAUCGGUCUGCUUUCUUCCAACGUCGCCUCUACGUAUCUUGCCGUAACACGCCGAAGCUUCCGCGGCGACCACCGACACAAUAAUCAUGAGGUUCCUGACGGGACUGCUCGUGUUGGGCAUGUCCCUUUGGACAACCCAAGCUUAUGAGAUUGGACUGAGCGAGAAGGAGGGCUAUCAAGAAUACUGUACCGGCAUGUACAGCAAGACCUCAUGGGGUGGACCCGUUGACCCAUUCAUCCUCGUCAAGUUCCUCAACACCAGCAACUCCGAUGUCAAGGAUCCGAUUGCGAGUCUGGUGAUAUUUGAGUGGAAGGACCGAAAUCUCGUUGGAAUCCCUGAUCCGAAUACUCCCGGCAACCGACUUGGCGUCUGCGGUGACGAUUUCGUCAAGCAAGGUUACUGUAACAAGACCGAUAUUGGCAAAUUCAUCCUGCAUCCCGAUGUUGACAAGAAGUCUUCGAGCGUGGUCCUCACAAAGGCUGUCCACCUCAACGAUGCGGCUCCAAUCAACUAUGCUAUCAAGAAGACCGGAUACUACUGCGUUCUUACAGAUGUGGUCAACACAAAGAAGUACGACCUAGUAGUCGAAUAUCGCAACGCUUAUGGCGAGCUGGAGGCAACCCAGAUUCCCAAGUUGCCCUUCUAUGGUGGCAUGAGUAUCUUGUAUGCUCUACUUGCUGCCUACUGGGGUUUCUUGUACUAUCAGCACAGGCAUGAUAUCUUGGCUGUGCAAAACUACAUCACGGCCAUUCUCAUUUUCCUGGUGGUGGAAAUGCUCAUAACAUGGGGUUUCUAUGAAUACCAGAACCGUCAUGGCUCGAAUGUUGGCUCAAAGGUUUUCCUUACCAUUGUUGGAAUUCUUAACGCUGGCCGAAACUCAUUCUCGUUCUUCUUGCUGCUCAUUGUCUGUAUGGGCUAUGGUGUUGUGAAGCACACCCUCGGUAGGACCAUGAUUAGGGUGCGAUGGCUUGCAGCGGCUCACUUCCUGUUCGGACUGGUCUACUCACUGACUUUCCUCUCCAUCACCCCUGAGACAGCUGGCCCAUUCGUGCUUCUGAUCGUCCUACCCCUGGCGGGCACACUGACUGCCUUCUAUGUCUGGACACUCAACUCACUCAACUGGACACUCAAGGAUCUCCGCGAGCGAAAGCAGCACGCAAAGGAAGCCAUGUACCGAAAGCUCUGGUGGGCCAUCCUCAUCAGUGUCAUGGUCAUCUUUGGUUUCUUCUUCUUCAACAGCUUCACCUUUGCCUCAGCCAGCGAUCCCGACUUUGUUCCUUUCCACUGGAAGACACGAUGGUUCAUCCUCGAUGGCUGGCUGAACGUUGUCUACUUUGCUGACGUCGCAUGGAUCGCCUAUCUUUGGCGUCCUACUUCCAACAACCGCCGCUUUGCCAUGAGUGAUGAGAUUGCUCAAGAUGACGAUGGCAACUUUGACCUUGGCGAUAUCGGUGUUCCAGGAGAAGACUCGGAUGACGAGGACGUCGAAGUGGGCAAGACUCGCAACGACUCAAGCAACGCCAAUGGCCUCUCCUUUUCAAGUGCGUCGCAGAGCAGCGCUCAACCACCCAGAAACAUUACUCGUACCGCUCCUCGUGAGUCACUAGAGAAUGAGACCAUUUUUGCUAUAGGCGAGGAUGGCGACAAAUUUUCAGACGAUGGAAGUGACGAAGAGGACGCAAAGCUUGUGAAAACGAAGUAAGAGGAGGAUGACAAUUGGCUCACGCUAAAUCUGCAUGCGAUCAAAGUUGGGCGCAUCCUUUUUGUGUAAUUGUAGGGUUGUCGGAGGGAUCAAAUCUUACUGAUGAAUGAACUGAGUUUUCGAUUAAGCAACGUUUCCUUGCGUGGGUAGUGAUGC